UGGCCCUAGUGCUGAAAUAUUAUUUUUGCUGAUUUUGAUAAAACUGUUACAUAGUAAAGAGCUACAAUCUCCUGGAAGAGCAGCAUUGUCACUUUCUCCAGUCAUCAAAUGGAAAAUGAAUUAACAUCAGGGCUUGCAUAGUCUGCAUGAAUUGCAGAGAACUUAGUCUUGUUUAAUUCAUAUUAAUUUAGUUAUAAAGUGAUAACAAGCUUCUUGUGGCUUUUGUAAUAUCCGCUUCUAAUUUUAGAAGCAUUUUAGUCAAUUUGCUGCAUGAUAGUAUUUGUCAACACCAGGUAACUAUGACCCCUGACAUGCCUUACUCUGUUGAGACUGGUUAGCAGGCUAGACUGAGAAAUAAUAUGCAAACUCCUCUCUUAUCAGGAGAGAUCAGUUCCCAAAGUGACAUGGAUAUUGUUGGUGUAGGUGAUACCUUUAACCAUGACAUCACUUUAAACCCCUGGGCAACGCUCACGCCCUUGGGAGUGGAUUGCUGCUGAAAGGAGCUGCUUGACCUGAAACUCUGAGCCUCUCUAUGUUGAAUUUGCUUCUGCUCAAGGGAGCAAAGCUGCUGGGUUCAGUCAAGAAUCCCUUAUUUUUACUGCCUUGCAGUCAGGAGCACUCAAGUGACUCUUACUUUUUUUCUCCCAGCCUUUUCAUUUUAUGGGGUUUUUUUUGUUUUGUGGUUUUUUUUCCCUAGCCUGUUCUGUUCAUUUUUCUUACAUUCACUUGACACCUGUCCCUACCUUUGCAGGAUGAGAUAAGCAAAGAACUCUGUCCCUGUCAAGACAAGGAGCAGAAUAUGCCUGCACAAAAAGGACCAGAGCAGGAAUCAAACCUCUCCUGGGCAGGCAGGCGUGGGAGAGCUCCUUUGCUGCAGUUUGCUUUCUGAAGUGCCAUCAGUGGGGUUUUGUCACUGUAGUGGGUAUAACUGGAAGCAGGUUUCUCUCUCUCUCUUUUGUUUUUCCUUAUUUUUAUUUUUUUGGAGUCAUCAUGCUGCAGCAAAUUUUGCGUGACAUGUAUAUUGACCCUGAGCUCCUGGCAGAGCUGAACGAAGAGCAAAAGCAGAUCCUGUUCUACAAGAUGAGAGAAGAGCAGCUGAGGCGCUGGAGGGAGAGGGAAGAAAGGGCCCGGAUGGAGGAGGCUGUGCUGAGAAGGACAGCAAGGCGCAACCAGAGUAACGGCAAGCGCGUGCAGUGGCUGCGGGGCCAGGACGGCGAGGUGUGGGUCUGGGUGAUGGGAGAAGCCCCGGGGGACAAACCCUACGAGCAGAUCUCAGAGGAGCUGAUAGCAGAGCGGGCCAGGCUGCAGGCACAGAAGGAGGCAGAAGAGCUAUGGAGACAAAAGGAAGCUGAAAUAACAAAGAAAUUCCGUGAUGCUAUGGCUCAAGAAAAAGCCAGAAUAGUGGCAGAAAAAUGGAAAAUAGAAAUGGAGGAUCGGAAAGCAGCCAAACUGGAGGAAGAAAAAAUUCAGGAGGAGCUGAAGAAAAGAGAAGAAGAGGAAAGGCAGAAAGGUGAGGAGCUGAUCAGGCAGCAGGAGGAGAUCCGGGCCAAGGAGCUGUACCUGAGCCUGAAGCAAGCUCAGCAGCACAGUCAGCACAGCGACGACGACCAGGAGUGGGAGGAACAGUUGCGCCGCUCCAAGGCCGCUGACGAGGAGAGGAGCCACAAGGCGCGGCGGGCGCGGGACGAGUACCGACGGCAGUCCCUGCGUGCCAUCCAGAAGGGAAGAGUGGCCGGCCUCAGCCACUUGUUCCAGGGGACAAACCUCAGCAAUGACCAGGAGACCAAACUGAACAACAACACUGCGAGCCCUUUGCUGUCUCCCGCAGCGUCCAGUAACCCCUGGGAGCGCCCCUCUCGGCCCUUCUCCCGAGACGUCAUCAUCCGCUGGUUCAAGGAGGAGCAGAUCCCUCGGCGGGCUGGCUUUGAGAGGAGCACCAACAGGAUUGCCCAGUGGUUCCAUGGCAUCAUCAGCCGCCAGGAAGCAGAGGAGCUGCUGAUGAAUAAAUCCGAAGGCGCGUUCCUGGUGCGGGUCAGUGAGAAGAUCUGGGGCUACGCGUUGUCCUAUCGCCAGCAAAACGGCUUCAAGCACUUCCUGGUUGAUGCCUCGGGGGAUUUCUACAGCUUCCUGGGGGUAGAUCCAAACCGACACCCAACGCUCACAGAUCUGAUUGAUUUUCACAAGGAAGAAAUCAUCACAUCCUCAGGUGGGGAGCUACUCCUGGAGCCAUGUGGACAGCAGAAGAAUCCACCAGACUACAGCCCUUUAUUUGAAUAACCGAUCCAGGACCAACAGGAAUGCAUUCUGGAUAGCUGUAGUAAUAGAUAGUUACAAAAAUAAACAAUGGAAGUAGUUAACUCACUUUUAAAGCCACUGGUCUUGUGGCCAAAACGUAUCCUCAUUAGGAGGCCUAAAA